CGGGUCUCUAUGGGCACGCAUCAUUUGUAAAAGAAUAAAAACGGUGGGGGAUGUGUGAAGCGGUCAACUUCACUUCAUCCUGUACCUGCCUUCAUCUUUCACAUCGAUCCGUCUAAAGAAGUUGUACCUCAAAACUGGGAGCGACAGGGCGCUGAAAACCUGAUUGGCACUGAAUAUGUUUUGGGUGCGAAAGAAACAACGAGAUUUGGACCAUCAGGAUCAAAAGUGUGCUCGAGAGAAGGUAGGUACAGAGGUGAAAGGAGAGAUUCCUGGCAUGCUGCCUCUUUCAACACUAUCACAGACUAUGUCUCCUGCAAGGAAGGCUUCAAAGCUGCAGUCGCCCCCCUGCAGCUCUGGGGAAAAUGGUUCGUCUGAGCCAGGGAGCUUGUGGAAUAAAGGCUCGGUGUCCUGCCUUCAAGCUAUCUCCAGUGCAACCGAAAGCAUGAACGCAGACCUGGCAAUAACUUCAAAGUCCCCCCUGGCAUCCAGAUGGAACAGAGAACGCCCUUCACACUAUCACAACAAGCACAAGUCGGAGCAUGUGAAAGACGGAGGAUUAAAUGGAUCCACCCAUGGGGAGAUGAGCGAGCAAACACAAAGCCGAGACAUCCUGAGGAGCAAUAACAAGAUGAAACACCUUUUCAGCAAAACAAACAUUGAGGAGAUCAGAGACUGUGAGCGUCCCUCCAGUGCGGAGACUCUUGACGACUUCCUGGGAGAUACCACCCCUGUGCCACAUCUUUGCAUAUUUGAUCAAAUGUCCAGUGAAUCUGAAGAGGAGGAGGAGGAAGAAGAUGAGUUAUUAGCCUCUUGGCAGGAAUCAAGAGAGAGGACAGCUGAUAAGUCAAGCUUAGCCUCCUCUGGCCUCUCUCAGAGCCAACAUUCCCUAGACUCAUUCAGAUCAACAUUUUCAUCUCUUAGUGAUGGACACAGUCUCAGUUCUCUCCUAGAGCAAAUUAGGCGACUGCCACCUACCGCUUCUGGUCAGAUAGAUAAUCUGUACGUGGAUGUUAUGAUGCUGUUAGGUGAUAUCUUAGAGAUCCAGCUUCAAAGAUAUCAAGAAGCCCAGGGAGGGGCGACUGCUGCCCACAGCAACAAAGACAUGGCAUGCAGACCCAAACAAAGGUUAUCAGAAGAGUUACCUGAUGAGGUGGACCAGUGUCGGGUCUGCCACAGUGGCGACAGCUCACCAACCAACCCACUGUUAUCACCGUGUCACUGUUCAGGGAGUGUGCGCUUCAUUCACCUCGACUGCCUGAAGAAAUGGAUCAAGUCAAGGAUCGAUUUUGGAUUAGGCCCCUACACUGUCAGAAGAUGUGAACUUUGUAUGUGGAGGCUGAGACUGGACCCGAAUACAUUUGACUUGGACAAGUAUUACAAAGAACAGAAAGAGGUGGACGCCGUCUCUUUCCUAUUAAUUCUCCGAGAAAUAGCUGGAGGGUUUUCCUUCAGGACUUUGCUCGCGAAAGCUUUUCUACCAGCGAGGAUGACACGUUCCUGCCCACUCACCAGGGUGCAGAUAUGGUCACUGCUUCCCUACCUAAUAAGGAUGAGACUCAGAAGAAACAGACAGAGGACGAGAAGCGCACCAGAGUCGUCUGACACUUGAUCAGUCUUCUUUUUUUGUAUCUUACAAUAAACCACUAUGCA